ACUGCCCAAGUAUCCCAUGAUUUAACUCCUUACUCUCCUCCUCCCCAACUUCACAUACCUUAUUAGCUCCUUUUGAGCCUUAAUUAAUGGCACAGACGAAAAUUUUGGUUUCAUCUCAGAAACUAUCCAAGUAUUCCACCGGUGACCGGGGAAAGCUUACCAUACCACAAGAUGUGGAAAGGAAGAUACCUCAGCUUUUUCCUCCAGAGUUAAAAUGGGGAAAAAGGGCAAAAUUGAAUAUGUUUUUGGACCCUAAUGACGGUCGUCCGUUUGAAGUAACCGCCUCACUUCAAAAACUUUCGAGAAAUGGGAAAAAUGGUAUGAGAGUGGUUUUUUUGGAGAGUGGGUGGAAGCCUGUUGUUAGGGAACUUAAUUUGAAAGAAGGAGACAAGGUGAGUAUUUUUCUCUUGAAUAAGAUGGAGUGGACUUAUUCGAUUGAAGUGGAAAGGGCGCUCGAUCUGAACCAACUGCCCAGCCCAUCAUAUGGAGAUCAAUAAUCUGAACGAUGAAGAGUGACGGAAGGUAGGAAGGAGAGUGGAUUUUUAUGUUAUAUAUAUAUAUAUAUAUAUAUAUUGUGAUACGUUAAUUGUUAAUUUUUAUUUUGUCCGUUGAUUGUUAACUGUUAAUUGUUACUCUGUCACGUUGAAUACUUAAUUAUCCGCACGAAUGUUGUAAUCUUUUUUCAGGUUCUUUGUUGUACGGUUAGCAGAUUUACUUAAAUGUGGCAGUUACCGGUUCUCUGCGGGCGGAGUGCAUGGCAGCAGUGUUGCUUUCUUUUAGAAUCUACUAUUGUAUUGGUUUGUGUCGUUUUUUCUUUCUUCUUCUUCUUCUCUAUUUUUUUUUUUUUUUAACUCUAGGGGGUGUUACACUCUGCUGAAAAGUAUAGCGGAUUGUUAUAAAUUACUUUCACUAUG